AACCCUCCCUCCAAAUAACCCACUCGUUCCCCUCUUCAACUUUCACAGUACCAAGAAAUCAGACGCAACAAUGGCCGAUCCAAGAAUUACUCCGGCGAGCACCGCCGGGAAAGUCAUUAAAUGCAAAGCUGCGGUGUCAUGGGGUCCCCGCCAGCCCCUGAGGAUACAAGAGGUGGAGGUGGCGCCGCCGCAGAAAAUGGAGGUUCGGGUCAAGGUUCUUUUCACUUGCUUCUGUCUCGGAGAUGCUUUGGCCUGGUCUGUCGAGGGUCCCUGGUUCCCUAGGAUUAUGGGACAUGAAGGAACUGGGGUUGUGGAAAGCGUGGGAGAGGGUGUGACGGGAGUCGUUGCAGGGGACACCGUUAUGAUUGUAUGCGCUGGGGAAUGUGGCGAAUGUGCUUACUGCAAAUCUGAAGAGAGUAAUCUGUGUACUCUUCCUUGUUUGAAGUCUCUUGGGGGACUGAAGGUCAGCGAAGAAACCUCAAGGUUUUCAGUCGAAGGAGCACCCGUAUAUCAUUAUGCCACCACUUCCACUUUUACCGAGUACACCAAUGCCCAUGCCGGAGGUGUUGUCAAAAUCAACCCCGAAGCUCCUUUGGACAAAGUUUGUGCAUUGAACUGUGGGGUUAUUUCAGGUUUGGGUGCUGUGUUCAAUGUUGCCAAACCACCAGAAGAUUCCUCUGUGGCUAUUUUCGGACUCGGACUACCAGGACUUGCUGCUUCAGAAGCAGCAAGAAUAGCUGGUGCUUCGCAGAUAAUUGGUGUAGAUUCUGAUUCAGACAGGCUAUGCAAGGCGCUUGGAUUUAGCGUCACCUACGCUCUGAACUCAUCGUACCACACUACGCCAAUCCAUGAUCUCAUUGUUGAUAUAACCAAAGAAGGAGCAGACCGAAGCGUGGUGUGCAUUGCAGACCCCAAAUACAUGACCUCUGCAUUUGAAUGUCUUCACACUGGAUGGGGCGUUGCUGUUCUCAACACUGUAAUGCCUGAAAAGUUUAGCACUGACCCAUUGAACUUCAUAGCAGAGAGGACUCUGAAGGGCUGUUACUUUGGGAACUACAAACCGCGAUCUCAUCUUCCCUCUCUUGUGGACAUGAUUGUGAACGGGGAACUUGACACGGCCAAGUUUGUCACUUACCGGUGCCGAUUUGCAGAGAUCAACGAGGCCUUACUACAAUUCGCUGAGGCAAAAGAUUUAGGAGUGUUUCUCUGCAUCAUUGCAAUGGAGUGAUUCAAUGGGUUGUGUGUACAAAUAUUCAAUGCUGUGUUCAUAGCAACUCAUUGGAUUAUACUGGUUAUAAUGGUUGGUAUACUGUUUUAGAUGUUUGCCUUUAGCUUCUUUCUUUGAUGCUUUUACUCCAAUCUAAUUGCCCAAAUUUGAUCUUAGUGUCAUAAAGAAAAAGGAAUUUAUGCU